AUGAAGGAGGGCCAAGAAACUGCUGUUGAAAAGCACAACAUUCAGGUGUCUUCAUUUUCAGGUACCUUCUAUAUUGUUUCACUUUUAUCAUGAUUGCUUUCAUUCCCUUUAUCCGCUUCAGGGCUUUUACUUUUGUGCUGUAGCAGCUGCUUGAGUUUCAUUUGUACAAUGCCUUGAUCCUCAAUAUGAAAACUGUAACACUGGUUUGUAAUGAAGAUGUCAUUAAGUUGUGAAUUUAAAUCCUGUUUGUUUCUUUCUGUACUAUUUUUCCUGAAGGUUCUACUGAACGUGAGUUCCUCACAAACAUUGAAACGAUUGUCAGGAACUCCUUGCCUCAUGACAAAUUGAAGUCAUAUUUUGCUGAUCCAGAGAGUACUAAAGAGGCGCUCCUGAAUAAAGUCACAUUUUGUAAUGAUAGAAUCAAGGUAUGGCUCAGGAUAUCACAUGAUUUGAAUGUUUUACUUAAACCAGUGCAACACACAAUAGUAUUUUUUGUGUGGUAUGUAGAAACAUACACUGAAAAAAAUGGUUUCUGUUUAAAAUAUUCAAUGAAUUUUUAAUAAUUUAAUGUUUUACUACUAUCAGGACAUGGCUAUUUCAAACACAAUGACCAGAGACUUUGGUUCAAAGCAGGAGACUAUUACCCUCACAGGUUCAGGUACAUGUUACAGUCAUUAUACUGUUAUUUAAAACCUUUCCUUCCCUUUGACUGUGAUAAACCAGACAGUUUGAAUUAAUGACUGCAUUUACAUCCAUCGACACUGGAAGUUGUGAUAGGCUAGCUAGCACUGUUAGUAUUAAUACAACCCCAUGACGUGACCAUUGUGUAUCAAGGGUACAUCAUUAUUGCAUCAGAUUACUGCAUCCCAACUGAGUGAAUGUUCCUUAGCAUGUAAAGUACACCCAGUGGUUUGUGUUCUUGGAUAAUGGUCCUCCCUUAAAAAGAAUACCCCCUUACACUUUGUGAUGUGACUACCUAACCUGUUUUCCUUAGAAACUGGAAAAGAAGUUCAAAGAAGACUGGAAUUCUGGCAGGGCAGGCUACGUGAAAUCGAGGAAAGAUAUGUGGAGCUGUCAGAGAAGUGUGUUGGUUGGUCGGUUGCUAAUGGAAACAAAGAAAGAAAAGGCAGCAGGUGGACAAUGCUGAUCUUUCUCAGCUAUCUGAUUAUGCAGCAGAAGUGUUCUACCAAUAUUUUUAAAGGUAAUCAAAUAAUCAAGUCUUUUUUUAUUUAAUUGGAAGACACAUUGGACAGUUUUAUGAGAAGUAAGAUAUGGGGCAAAAUCCAGACACGUUAAGUUAAAACUUACUAGUCAAGCUGAUUUUGCUUUUUUGAACAAAAUUCUUAACUUUAACAAGUGGCAGUUACAAAACACAGGUCACAAGGGAAGGUCACUGCAUGCUCUUAUAAAAAAAACUGAGAUAGGCAGUUUCCCCUUAACUUAAAACACCUCAUUUCAGAUUGUAAUUUGGGCUUUUCAUAUGAUUAUUGAUUUUGAUUGCAGGUUUACACUGA